ACUGCGGGAGGACCUGCGCCAGGACGCCAUCCCCUUUCUUUUCGCCAUACAGAUUCCGUAUUGGGGUGCCGGAGAAGGUGCGCGCCUGAGGGGAAACCCGUCCGGCCACAAUGGAACCCCCGCUGAGGGAAGACCCGGCGGCGCCUCCGAACGCGGGCUGAGGGAGAAGAGGGGAUGAACCAGACUGAGGGAAGAAUGAAAGAGAAGGAGCCAACCGCCUUCUAAGAGAGUGGAGCCUAUGAGAGGCCAUCCUGGAAAACCUCCCUCAGUGGUUUUUGAGGAGAAGAAGCUAGGAUAAAGCCCUCACCCAUUGAAAGGAAGGAGCGAGGCAAUCCAACUGCUGCCUAAGAGGGAGGUGCCUGCAAAAGACCAACCCUGAGGAAAUUUCCCUCAGUGGUUUGGUUACCUCCUUAGACAUGAAGCUUCUCCGCCUCCUUUGCCGCCACAAGACGGCGCUGGGCCUGGGUGGCCUGUCGCUCUUUGGUGUGGUGCUGCUUUACUUGGCCAAGUGCACCUCAGAAGGCCUCAAGCCCUCCCAAGGAUGGGGGAUGCCACACCAGCAACCUCCAGCCCGUGUUGGUGGCAUAGGUGGUUUGCAUCCCCCUGCUGUAGCUCUGCCUCCUCCUCCUGAGGAGACCACUUUCUUGGCUGUGCUGGUGGCCAGUGGCCCCAAAUAUACAGAACGGCGUAGUAUCAUCCGCAGCACUUGGCUCUCAGCGGCUGGCCGAGCCCCUCAUGGUGAUGUUUGGUGCCGCUUUGUGGUGGGCACUGGUAGCUUGAGUGGGGAGGAGCUUCAUACUUUGGAACUGGAGCAGAGCCACCAUCGGGACCUGUUGCUCCUUCCUGACCUCCGUGACUCCUACGAGAAUCUGACUGCCAAGGUCUUGGCUAUGUAUGUCUGGCUUGACCAGCACCUGGAUUUUCGCUUUGUCCUCAAGGCAGAUGAUGAUACAUUUGUACGUCUAGAUGUCCUCGUAGAGGAACUCAGAACCAAGGAGCCACGCCGUCUGUAUUGGGGCUUCUUCUCUGGGCGGGGGCGUGUGAAAUCGGGUGGCAAAUGGAAAGAAAAUGCAUGGCUCCUUUGUGAUUACUACUUGCCUUAUGCCCUUGGUGGCGGCUACGUGAUCUCGGCGGACCUGGUGCACUAUUUGCGCCUCAGCCAAGACUAUCUCAAUGUCUGGCAGAGUGAAGAUGUCUCCUUGGGUGCCUGGCUAGCACCUGUGGAUGUGAAAAGGGUCCAUGACCCUCGGUUUGACACAGAGUAUAAAUCACGAGGCUGCAACAACAAGUACAUCAUUACUCAUAAACAGGGCAUUGAGGACAUGUUGGAGAAACAUCAGACUCUGGCUAAAGAAGGGAAGCUCUGUAAAGAGGAGGUUAAACUCCGACUGUCUUAUAUAUAUGACUGGAGUGUGCCUCCUUCACAAUGCUGUCAAAGGAAAGAUGGCAUCCCUUGAAGACUGUGCAAAAGAGAAAAAGGGACAACAUGAUGGGUGUGAGGAACUCAUGGAGAUAGAUAUGUGGCACAUGGAAAUGCUUCCCCUUUCAGUCACAACUUUUAAAUUAUCCAGCAGUUUUGUACAGUCUGUCGGGGACCAUUUUGCACAUGGUCCUGCCUUGCUCUGUGAAAGUUAUACAAGAAGAGCAUAGAGAAAGUUUUGUAUGUGAAGAUGAUGGUAGCUGAAAUGAGACCAAGAACAACCGUCUCUCAUCAUGGGAAAAUAAAACUUCUGAGUGAAGUGACUGAGCUACAAUAGUAGCUCAGAACUGCACAUGGGGUGGGAAGAUGAUGUGGCAGCUGUUUUUGUUUUUAUUUUCUUCAUAAUGAUAAGCCUGGUUUAGCCAAGCACACUGGCAAAUUUAGAAUUAUAACUGUAAUGGAAAAGUAAAUUCAUUUGUGGCACCAGUGGAAAUGAUGACAAAUGUGGUCUGAAAUGCUGUUUCUAAAUACAGGAGCUACUGCUGUUAUUGGUCAAUGUAUGCCUUUGUUAUGGUGUAUUAGAGGUGGAAAAUGUUUGUUCUCUUAAGGGCAUGUUCUGAUCAUUUUCAUCACAUACUGUUAGAUGACUUUGAUAAGUUGUGUCACUGGAAAGAACAUUUUUUACCCAGUUUAUUUUAUACCUGAAUUAAGUACCAGUUACUCAGAGGAGGAGAAACUCUCAUUCUGUAAAAAACAAUGCCGGAUCUUUCAGUGUUUGAUCUUGAGAGAAUAGUGCAGCAAUAUCAAGUUGCCCAGCAAGCUUGUUCUUGGAAGUAUUGAUUAUUAUUUACUAUAGAAGGUUGUUUUCUAUCAAGAUUUUUAGUGACGGAAAAUUUCAGUAAAUUUUGAAGGUAAAGGGGGGAAUGACUUUUUUCACAUACAAAAAAGGAAACUUUGAGUGAAAUUGAAUAUAUGCUGUACUUCCCUCUCAAAUCCAAAAUUAUGCUAUUGCUUUAACAUAAAAGGCAUGAUUUGUAACUUUGUUAGUAUACAUGUUUUUACUGUUUCACAUCUUUAUGAAAUUUCAAAGUAUAAAAUGCUUUAUUGUUUUUCUACAAGCUAGUUUGCAAACAUCCCCGAUACUUGAGAGGGAGCCACAAACUGCUGCACCCUGUGCCAUGUUAGCAUAUGUAUCUUAAUUUUUGCCCUCUUAAGAGUCAGAGGGCCCUGACCUGGAUAGCCCAGGUGAGCCUGAUCUUGUUAGAUCUCAGAAGCUAAGCUGGGUGUGCCUUGGUUAGUAAUUGGAUGGGAGACCUCCAACGAAGACCAGGGUUGCUGAGGCAGGCAAUGGCAAACCACCUCUGUUAAUCUCUUGCCAUGAAAACCUCACCAGGGGUCGCCAUAAAUCACCUGUGAGUUGACGGCACUCUCCACCACCAAGAGUCAAGAGAGGUAGAGUUGAAAUUAAAAAACACAUUUCAUAAUAAAGAGGAAAGACAGAAAUAGUCUCAUAUAGGCACAAUAUGACUACCUUCAUAUUUGGAUGUCAAGCUAACAUUGAAAACAAUUAACUCUUUAAUAAUGUUUUACUAUAGCAUAUUCAUUAUUGCCCAUGUAGACAGUAAACAUCCUUGAAAGUAUGGUAUGGUGGAUAUGCAUAGGGAUUAUCAUUCUCUUAUGCUGCAGAUUGACAUGCAUAAAAGUGUUCAUGCUGUAGUUGGAGUAAAGCUCUAUCUUAAGAAGAAUUUCAUUCUUUCCAAUAGGGAUUUUUCCAGUUCUCCUUCAAAGUUUGCAAUUUUUCCCUUUAAUUUUUAAAAAUCUUUUAGGGAAAACCCCCCAAUUUCCCCCUCUAGGCCUUCACAUCUCUAGUCAUAGCUGUUAGUGGAGUGUUACUAGUUUUGGGGCUUAGAUGCUUUUAAUAUUAUAACAUCAUUCUGGUGCAAGUACAUCAUUUGUCAGAAAACAAAUAAUGUCCUUUUUUGUCUUAAGAAAGGAUCCAAAGUCAUGUAGAUCCAUAGGGGUGUUUUCCUUAAACUGCAUCCACUUUAAAUAGGCAAUUGGCUAAUUCAGUAUAAAUGAGUGGAGAACAGCAAGGAAAACUGCCACUUUUGGAGGCCUUGCCUCUCAAGCAAACCCUCUCAAGGCCUUAAGGAGUGGGGCAACUUUCUUGUUGCGCUGGAAAUGACAUAAUUCCCAGUGCAAUAGGAAAGUCCAGAGCUCCUGGGCCUGUUCCCCACAUCUUUCUCCUCUCACCAGCCAAGUAAGUGGUGGCAGGAGGUAAGAGUCUGGGAGCGGGGGAUCUCCCACCCCCCACCGGUUUUUGACCACCAAGCCAAAUGUAACUCACUAGCCUUGGAUUGUGGCCUUCCAAGUUCUUGACAACUCCCAAGUUUGUGUAGUUCCUGGCAAGCGGCAAAAACAGCUUUUAUCAAGCUCCUAACAGAUUGCCAUACAUGACUGAUAAUGGGCUGUAGUCACAGCAGGCCAUCAGUUUUUCAAAGCAUUGCCCUAAGAAAUUGUCCUUAAGAAAGGUUUUUUUAAAAAAAGUCAGCCUCCUUAUUUUGAGGGAAUUGCUAUUGUAUGUAAAAUUUUGUGUUUACAGUGGUGAUUAUUUAUUUAUAAAUAUUGUAAAUGUUCUGUGUAUAGUUGCAAGCUUGAAAACAGCCAAGUGUCACGGUAAUUUUAAAUUAUUUAAAAGGAGUUUGUCAAAGCUCAUCAUAAGUAUUACUUAUCAAAUGCCUUUCCUGCUGUACAGUUUAUUAUUUAAAUUCUCUGGGGAUGGGUUUUAAUCUCAAACACUCUGCAUGUACUGGAGCUUUUAAAAAAGAUGUAAAAACCCUCCUUUUGCUGAAAUAUUAAUAAUUCUGAAAGUUA